UCCCGCCCCGUCCCGCCCGGCCGCCUGAGGGAGCGCGGCCCCGCCUCCCGUGUGCCGCUUCCGGGCGCCAUGGCGGUGCUGGCGGCCAACCCCAACAACCCCGUGGUCUUCUUCGAUGUCACCAUCGGCGGGCAGGAGGUCGGCCGCAUGAAGAUCGAGCUGUUCGCCGACGUCGUGCCCAAAACCGCGGAGAACUUCAGGCAGUUUUGUACAGGUGAAUUCAGGAAAGAUGGUGUUCCUAUAGGUUAUAAAGGAAGCACUUUCCACAGGGUAAUAAAGGAUUUCAUGAUCCAAGGAGGUGACUUUGUAAAUGGAGAUGGCACUGGAGUAGCCAGUAUAUAUAGGGGUCCUUUUGCAGACGAAAACUUCAAGCUGAAACACUCUGCUCCUGGUCUGCUUUCUAUGGCAAACAGCGGUCCAAGUACUAACGGCUGUCAGUUUUUCAUUACGUGCUCCAAAUGUGACUGGUUGGAUGGGAAACACGUUGUGUUCGGUAAAAUCGUUGAUGGGCUGUUGGUAAUGAGAAAAAUUGAAAAUGUGCCUACAGGUCCAAAUAACAAACCCAAGCUGCCAGUUGUGAUCUCCCAGUGUGGGGAAAUGUAAAGCAACGGAACAGAAAGGUGUGCUCCUUCACUGGUGGUUAGGAGGCCUUUGCUCCAUGCAGUUCCAGCUCCAGCCACUUCCCCCACUGUCCUUGUCCUCUUCACAGGCCAGACCCGCGCUCUUGACAUUCUCCUGAAGUUAUUUAAUAAUUGGCAUCUAUAUUUUUUUAACACACUGAAAUGUAAAUAAAGGAUUGUGGUAAAUA